GGCGUUGCAUGGACAGCAUGCGUUUCUGGGGAGUUUCCAGCGAGGGGUCUGUGAGCAACUCUAGCUCGUGGUGGCCGCUGAUCACCGGCGGCACCAACAUGAGCAGGGAGGCCGCAGCGCUCCAGGAGGGUGGCGGUCAAGAAGGGGACGUGCGGAACGAGGAGUUGGCCAAGCUGGAGAUAGCGGUGCUGGCGGUGACAUUCGUGGUGGCGGUGCUGGGCAACAGCAGCGUGCUGCUGGCGCUGCACCGCACGCCGCGCAAAACGUCCCGCAUGCACCUCUUCAUCCGCCACCUAAGCCUGGCGGACCUGGCCGUCGCCUUCUUCCAAGUGCUGCCACAGCUGUGCUGGGACAUAACCUACCGCUUCCGCGGUCCCGACGGGCUGUGCCGCGUGGUGAAGCACCUACAGGUGUUAGGCAUGUUCGCGUCCGUUUACAUGUUAGUGGUCAUGACCGCUGACCGCUAUAUCGCCGUGUGCCACCCGCUUAAGACGCUGCAGCAGCCGGCUCGCCGCUCGCGCCUCAUGAUAGCGGCCGCCUGGGUACUGAGUUUCGUGCUGAGCACACCACAGUACUUUGUCUUCUCCAUGAUCGAGGUGAACAAUGUUACCAAGGCCUAUGAUUGCUGGGCUACCUUUAUCCAGCCUUGGGGGCCCCGCGCCUAUGUGACCUGGAUGACGGGCAGCAUCUUCAUAGCGCCGGUGAUCAUCCUGGGCACCUGCUACGGCUUCAUCUGCUACCACAUUUGGCGCAACGUCCGCGGAAAGACUGCGACGCUAAAGGACAAGGGUGCGGAGCCUUCGGGCAGCGCCUUCCACAAGGGGCUCCUACUUGCGCCCUGUGUUAGCAGCGUGAAGACCAUUUCCCGCGCCAAGAUUCGCACCGUGAAGAUGACUUUCGUGAUUGUAACCGCUUACAUCGUCUGCUGGGCGCCCUUCUUCAUCAUCCAGAUGUGGUCUGUCUGGGAUGAGAAGUCUGCAUGGGUCGAAUUAGAAAACCCUGCCAUCACCAUCACUGCAUUACUGGCUUCCUUGAAUAGUUGCUGCAAUCCCUGGAUAUAUAUGUUUUUUAGUGGACAUCUCCUGCAAGACUGUGUCCAAAGCUUCCCAUGCUGCCGAAACAUAAAGCAAGAAUUCAACAAAGAAGAUUCUGACAGCAUGAGUAGGAGACAGACUUCUUACACUAAUAACCGAAGUCCAACAAAUAGUACGGGUACCUGGAAGGACUCUCCUAAAUCUUCCAAGUCCAUCAAAUUCAUUCCUGUUUCAACCUGAGCUCU